AUAACAAGAUCAUUAUCUGUACAAUAACACCUUUGGUAUAAAAAAGAAUGGAUAUAGAAAAACGGGUUUAAAACAAUUGAAUAACAAAACAUUAUGGUCGUGUGUAAUAGUUUGUUUUUACAAAUAUCGAAAACGGUUCUAAUUUUUUUGACAGUUCAAAUGUCACAUGCAGUCAACUUGGGCUUAAUCGCUGGUGAUCUGAAGCCUCUCACGAAUCCAAUAUCGAUCAAGAAAUACAAUCGGCACUCCCCUAUUUUUAUUAACAUUAAUAGCAAAUCAAAUCCAUUACCUUCAUUACCUUUACCAAAAUUACCAUCGAAACCUCCAUUUAAGUUUCCAAAACCUUCACUAUUAUCGUCGUCCAAGCUUCAAGUUCCAAUCAUUCCUCCUAUUAUAGUACCUCCAGUCAUUCCAAAAUUACCUCUUCUACCUCUAUUACCUAUAUUACCUCCAAUAUUACCCCCGUUACCACUGGUACCUCCUGUAUUGCCCAGAAUACCCCCACUCAUUCCUUCUAUAAAGUUAAAGAAACUUUUAAAGCCCCUUAAAUUCCCCAUUUUAGGCAAAACACGUUUGCAGAAGGCUUUAGGUUCUGAAAUAAAUACUGUUACAGUUCCGUGCCCCAGUCUUGAAAGAAAAGAUGAUAAAAUAAGUAAAAAUAUUGUGGACAAAUUGACUGAAUUAAAAAACAGAGGUACAAUAACUGGUGCUGAAUUUAGGAGAAUAUUAAAAUGUAUUAUUUAGAAUCUAGGGAAAGAGAACAAAAAUAUCAGAGACUGUAUAAAAAACAAAGUAUUUUUACUUACAAACUUAUAGCUAGCUAAUGUAAUGUCGUAUUCAUUCUUGUUGAAUGAUAUUAAAUAUUGGAAUUGAGUAUAAAAACAAACAUAUUAGAUGAAAUAAAAUAUUUUUAUUAAAAAUGUGAAUCAAUUAAGUUGUAAUUUUUCCACUAAUUAAUACACAUAAGUAGUAAGUAAGAAGUACUUCAUUUCAUUUUCAUUUAAGAGUUUCCUCUUGUCGGUGCAACUAAUUCAUUAAACUAAUUAAGAAGUACUUACGAUAAACUAUUUAAUUUUUGAAUAUAUGUAGAUGUAAA